CGACGGUCGUGGCAGCCAUUGACCAUUCGGCUUCACGUUUGACGAUGGCGCAACAGAGUCCGUGGCGCAUGCUUGUCAUGCUGCCGAUGAUGUACUUCAUGGGCAAGAUUGACUUUGAGAACCCUUGGAUCCUCAAUGGGGCGCGCGUGUCCUUCUUCACGAUGCAGAUCCUGUCGCUGUUGCUCGGGUUGUGGGCCAAAUCCAAGAUCGAAGCCAAGCCGGACAACCGCAAGAUGUUCGUGCCGACGCCCAAGUCGCCCCUGGACACCAGUACGGAGAACUCGCCGUUGACCGAGACCACGUACUUCGCGCACGAACUGGCCAAGGCCAAGGAAUUCAUCCAGCAAACGUUGAUUGGCGCGGUGAUUUCCAGCUUUGUGCACAUCCAGUUUGGCGUCAACCAAGUGGUGGUCAUCCAAUCCGUGAUGGUGCCGCUGAACUUGUACGACAACGCGCUCCUGAAGAAGCAUAUUUUCGGUCUCGGCGGCCCUCGUUACUGGGACGAAAAGCUCGAAGGCGAGUCGCUAGACGAUGCCGCCCCGCAUCCGGACGCGAUCGACGCUGCCGCCGACUCUGUGCCCGCGCCUUCCUCCAAGAAACCUUCCAAGGCAAAGAAGUCGGUUGAUGUGGCGGAUGCCAUCAAGCAGGCUUGGGACUUGGGUGUCGAAGCCAACUUUGAUCGGUUGCUCUCGGUGUUGAAGAAUGACCCGAACGGCUUCAAGACCAAGACGUCCGACGGGUGGACUCCUCUCAUGGUCGCCUGUGGCAGCCCCAUCGAUACGGAGAAGGUGAUCAAGACGCUCAUCAAGGAAGGAGUGCCCAUCCGCGACGCCGACAACGACGGGUGGACGGCGCUGCACUGGUGUGCGUUCCAUGGAUGUCCCGAGUCGGCAGAAACCCUCUUGGCGUCCAUCUCCAAGGACGAUGCUGCGUUCCUCGUGAGUGCCAAAGACUCGCAGGGCCGUACGCCGUUGGAAGUGGCGUCGGAAGAGUCGAACGGUGACGUGGCCGAGAUCUUGACCUCGGCCAGCGACAGCACGCCGCUCCGCCAGCGCAAACAACCCCUGGCCAAAUCGGACGCCACCCCCAUCGACGAUGUGGAUUAAACACCAAUAUAGUAGAUAUGUAUAGGAGAGUACAUUCGUUCGCACGAGAACGCUACUGUAGCUAGUAGUAUAACACCAGUACAGUUGAGAGAGUUUUGGUUGGUUGUGAACUAGGGGAGCCAAGUGCUGCCUUGGGACAUUCGUUUCUGCAGCAGUUCGAGGCGGGUGGGCGGGAUCAGCGGGACCCC